AUUUCGACGGCGGUAAAACUGUGUGCGCGGUGACGUCACUUCCUCUUUCGACUCGACCUCCUCGACAUGGCGCCGGUAAGACAGACUGUGGUAAAAAAGAACAAAAAGAGAACUUCCUGGAAGUUCACUUUAGACUGCACUCAUCCUGUGGAGGAUGGCAUUCUAGACUCUGCAAACUUUGAGACAUUUCUCAGAGAGAAGGUGAAGGUUAAUGGCAAAACAGGCAAUCUUAGCGGUGUAGUUCAGAUUGCUCGCCAGAAGAACAAGAUCAGCGUCACGUCAGAAAAGCAGUUCUCCAAGAGGUAUCUGAAAUAUCUCACAAAGAAGUACCUGAAAAAGAACAAUCUUCGGGACUGGCUGAGAGUGGUCGCAUCUGACAAGGAGAGUUACGAGCUGCGUUACUUCCAGAUUAGUCAAGAUGAUGAAUCUGAGUCUGAUGAAUGAAGCAUUCCUUUUUGAAGAGGGAUGGCCCUGUAUUGAAGUCCUAUGCAAAUGAUUACUUCUUUUGUGUGGAAUUUGAUUGUUUGUAAAUAAACGGACGGAUAUACGUGAAACAAAAA